AGGCAAUGACAAAGGACAGCCGUGCGCCACCGAAAGACCCCAAAGGGCCAAGAUGGCUGCGCCCGUGACAGACGCCGGGGAGUUUGAAAGCUGGCUAAAUGAUCGUCUAGACUCGUUAGAAGUAGACCGUGAGGUGUACGGGGCUUACAUUUUAGGGGUCUUGCAAGAAGAGGAGAGUGACGAGGAGAAAGAAGAUGCGCUUCAAGGAAUUUUAUCCGCAUUUCUGGAUGAGGACACCAUGGAAGAUGUCUGCAAACAGAUCAUCAAGCAGUGGACAGAGUGUCGCAUAAGAUCAGCAGCCACAAGAGAAACUGUUGAUGCUGAAGUCCAGGCCAUUGCCAGUAUGAUAGAAAAACAAGCCCAGAUUGUGGUGAAACACAAAGAGGUGUCCGAGGAGUCUAAGAAGAGGAAAGAAGCCCUCCUUGCUCAAUAUGCUAACAUAACCGACGAAGAGGAUGAAGCUGAAGAAGAGGAGCCAACAAGUGGAAAUAACCUGACUGGAAAUGAUAACUCCCUGUUUAAGAACACCAACGUGGAAGAGGUGAUGAACAGACAAAGACAGAAGCGGGUCCAGGCUCGUGAAGAUGCUCAGAAGAAGAAGGAAAUGGACAAGAUGCUGCGGGAGAAGGACAAGCUAGCCAAACAAGACAGGAAAGAGAAGGAGAAGAAGCGUACACAGAAAGGCGAACGCAAAAGAUAAAAGUGUCAGUCAAGUGUGACAGAAGACUUUAUGUAAAAAUAUUUUGCUAAAAAAUACAAAAAAAAAGAAAGUCAUUGCCUCUUUUUAGCUAAACCUCAUUGGCACUUUCAGUUAGUUAGCAUCAUCAGACCCUCCUUGUUAAUUACUUUAUACAACUCUUCAUAUGUGUAAAGAACAAUGUACUGGAAGUUGUGCAAGUCCAGAAUCCAAUUUUCAUGGAUACUGAUAUGAUAUGAGCAGACACAGACUUUAAAGAAAUAUAUCUGCAAAUCUUUACAUGUUGUAUUGUCAGUCCCUGCCAGUAUGUUGCGACUGUUGCUUUGACAAGGUUACCUCUGAAAUUGUAAUAGUAUAGACCUGACACAUAAUUGUAUUGAUCAUGGUAAAAAUGGAGUGCUUGUAAAGCAACUCAGUAUACAGUUUCUGCCAUUUUUCUCUGUGCUGGUAUCUUGCAAAUGCCUUUAAUUUCUGCACAACUCCUAAUUCAAUUAACAUUCAGUUCUUUUUUUUUUUUUUUAUUUGGCUUUCAUUUUGAUAAUUUAGGGUUUAGAUUUUCUGUCUAUGCAUUUUUUUCUGAAAAUAACAGCAAAGGAGCGGUUGCUAAAUUAUACCUCAAAUAUAUCAUGUACCAUAAUUUGAAUGUUUAUAAUGAGGGUUCAUCAUCUUUUUAAAUUAAUAAAAAAAAACAAAAACA